UGAGAUAUAGCCAUGACGCCACAGCCGUCGUGUGAAGAACUAUUGUACCUUAUCGCUACUUGCAUAUCAGUGCUAGCGUUGCACACUGGAUCUGCAGUAAGGUAUCAUCUAUCGCCUCGAACAGGUUUGAAGUCUCUCCGAUGAAGUUUGAGUGAGCAGCGAGCGAUCGAACAUUUUGAAUUUUGACCACAUCGAGAAAGGAUUGCCUCGUUACCUCAUAGCCAAUCCUGCCCCUUGUUGGCUUGACCUGGAUUGGAACUUCUUCGCCGUUCUGAUAUUCACACCAUCGUGUAAUAAUGGUGUCCAUUUCAGUCUAUUUCCAGACCGAAUACAGUUGGAUUGUUCUAGUGACGACACUGGUUGUUAUCACAACUGAGGUAUGGUGUUUGACCCCAAGUUGCCGUCCAGUCGCUCAUCGUCAAAAUAGUUACGAAGGCUUGAACGGUGGACUUCAAACAUUCAAGUGGUACACAUCGCAUUCACCUGGUACACUAUCGUAUCGCGUCCUCGGCUACAAUCCUAUUUAUAGCAUAAACUUCGAGUUUCAAGGGAGCUGCACUAUUGCAGCAAUAGGCAUUUCAUUCACGGCAGCCGGAAAUUGUCACUUCUAUGUUAGGUCUAAGUCAUUUGACCACGGUGGUUGGUCAAAUGCAAGGUCAGUUAGGUUCAGCGAUAGUAGUAAAUAUGGAUCCAGUCACAAUCUCAAUUUCUCCGUGCAAUCAUCACAUGGGAUGCAAAUCAAAUUCACAGUCCAGAGUGCGCCAUCACCUCCUCUCAGCCAGUGUGCGAUUCAACUCAAUAAAGCACGUGAACCGUUCAUCGCCUUGCACGUCCACGAAGAUCACGAUGAAUGUUCAGCGUCGUACAAUCCCUGCUAUGGAUAUACGGAAACCCAAAAUUCUGGACCGCAUUGUCACAACACGUGGGGAUCUUACAGGUGUACUUGUCAACAUGGAUAUAAACUCACUCAAGAUGGAACUAUCUAUACUUGCAACGAUAUUGAUGAAUGUGUAGAAGCUGAUAAUCCUUGCUAUGGAUAUAUUCGCAGUGAUAAUGAGCCAGGCUGUGUAAACACAGCUGGAAGCUAUACCUGUGUUUGUCGAGAAGGCUAUGAGAUUAUCGACAAUGGAACCUUACUUCAAUGCCUGGAUAUUGAUGAAUGCUCUAUUACACCUCACCACUGUGUUGCGUACUCUGCAAAAGGUCCUAGAAGAUGCGUGAACAGUAUGGGGUCCUACUCGUGUAAUUGCGUCGAGGGAUUCGCCUUCCAAGAUACUCCUAAUAGUACUGAAUGUUUACAAGUAGAUGAGUGUAAUUCCGGUACUCACAGCUGUAACAACAAGACCAAUGAUGACAACAGGUAUUGUCAAAAUUUUAACGGAUCUUACGACUGCCCAUGCCUGCCUGGUUAUAAUGGUGCCGAUUGUGAUGCAAUGACUCCAUCCACAAGUUCUCAUCAGCUCGAUAUGGCGGCAACACGCCCACUAUCAAGGGAUUCUGAUCCCAUAUCGAUCGCAGUACAAUCAACUAUGAUAAAGUCAACAGCUCAGCCAGAAGCGUCCUAUACCCUCUACAUCAGCAUAGGAUCUAUUAUAUCAGUCUUACUUUUUGUUGCUGCUUUGGUUAUUAUCAUUGCUGUUCGUCGUAGGAAGAAAAACUCCGCACCUCCCGAAAACUCAAGGAGGACAGUUUGUGUACGGCGAGACCCAUCCAACACGACCGACCUCACUGAAAAUGAACUCUACAUCCUGCAGGCUAUUCCCGAGAAUGGCAACAUUUCACAGACAUUUACGGGGAACUCAAACGACGGACCACUACCCGUGAUACCAAUUACACCUGUACGAGCGCUCACUACCAUCAAUCCAGUGUACGAAGAAUCGACUUGUCUUCAGCCACGGGGUUCAACGAAAACAGUAUCCACUCAGCAGGAUGCCUCUGAUUACCUGGAGAUUCUAUAACACUAAUGUGUGUUUGAGUGCACGUGUACAAUGGGCGGCGAGGCUCGAUCUAUGCCCUUGCCACUGACAGAUCGGUAGACGCACAAUAUAAGUAUGUAGUAUUCGCUUCUGCUCUACUCACUCAGAGUAGAGACAUGCACCACACUACAAUGCCUUCUGGGAACGCAGAUCCUCAUGACAACCAAGGCUGUUUACGCCUUGCAAACUGAGUCAAGUGACGCCUGCGGAUUAUAGGUCGCAUAUCGGAACCCCACGUAUCAGAUAUAUCACCUAGGAACCAUGCGCACACCUCCAGAGACACUUUAAUGACUUUAAUCUCUUUAUUACACCUCAUGCAUAAAAUAACGUUGCGACGAAUGAAGUCAUCGACCAAUUCCACUUGCCUUUUGAUUCAGCUUUUGUAGUCAUUUUCUCCCCUGUGUGACUUCAUGUGCUUUUGUACACCUUGCGAUAUUGCACGUCCUUCUUUGCAACUCACCGUGUUCAGAGCUUUUUUAGCCAGUACGCCAAUUUCAUCAUUUUUCAUAGGUAUUCAAAAAUUGUAUGUUUCAUUCACAAUGCUACUGCCCUACAUCCUUCACUUCCCCAUUAUACAUUGUAGUUUCAUCGCAUAGGUUAUAUCACUUGUCUCUCUGCUAUUCGAUGCAUUGAAACAUAUUAUUGUCAUCCUCGUAGAGUUUGAACCAGGAACCAGAGGGUAUUU